UAUAAAGCUUUUAUGUGAUACAUGUUUUAAUGUUAUGUUUUUUUUUUUAUUGAAUAUGAAUAAGAAUUUUCCAGAGUUUCAAAUGUCUGCAUUCUAGUAAAUGCGGAUAACAUAAAACCUGCAGCUGGUGCCAGCGAAGGGUGUGAAUAGUUUUACUCAGUUUCUAUUUGUAUGGUUCUUCCUGUGCCUAAAACAAAUAAUUUCUUGUUUUCUCUUUAGCUAUUUAUCCCUUAGCAAUGCUGAAAACUAGUUAUUACUGCUCAGAUGUAAGCAUACAGCCAAUUACAUGCAGGUUCCCACCAAACUGCCUCACUUAACCUGUGCCUGUAGUGUAGCCUGCUAACUAGCAGUGUUUGAUCUCCGUCCACUCUACCUGUCCUCCGUCUACAUUCUGUCUCCGGUAUGACCUCGCUGAUUCCAGUGCCAAAGCCCUCAUAUUCCCAGGCCAGGGAAACCCUGGUAAAGGCCAUUCCCCCAAAGGUCAUCUGCUUGCUGGCCUGUGGGGGAAGAGACUGCCGCUAUGAGGGGCCAGUGUGCUGGAGACCAAGCCAACAGGCCAUUAAGGGCCUCUUCUCUAGCUGGGUGACUGACGACAUUGUUGCCAUGGCAAGGCCAUCCACCAAUCUCAUUAAGACGUACAACUUAAUAGACCAGUUUAAAAAGUUGAACAUUAAAUCCAUCAUUAAUAUGCAGCUGCCAGGUGAGCACGCUCACUGCGGUCCUGAACUGGAGCCUGACAGCGGCUUCACAUACUCACCUCAGAUAUUCAUGGAGAAUCAGAUUUACUUCUAUAACUUUGGCAUGGCUGAUUUUGGCGUGUCAUCUCUGGAGGGGAUUCUAGAUGCAGUGAAGGUUUUGGCCUUCUCUGUGCAGGAGGGUAAAGUGGCUGUACACUGUCACGCUGGACUGGGCAGAACAGGAGUGCUGAUUGCAUGCUACUUGAUCUACACGUUAAGGAUCAGUGCUAGCGAGGCUGUGCACUAUGUGCGGAUAAAGAGGCCUUGCUCGAUUCAGACCCGUGCCCAGAUCAACCUGGUGUUUGACUUUGCGAGGCUCCUGGGCUCCCAGCUUGCGCAGUACCCAAUGCUGAACAUGCGGCAUGGUGCCCCAUUCAGUAUGAGGCAGUAUCUUCAGCGCCAGGUCAUGCUCUUACAUGGUGAAGAGGCCCAUUCCCUUGCACACACACCAAAGAUCUUGCAUUUUCUGUGCAGCCUGCUGACAGCCCUCGCCCAGGGAACAGCCAGUCCUCUAGAUGUUCGGCAGGAACUGGAGAAAAAAGCAGCCAUUUUGGUUCUACAGCAGGCUGUGAGGAAUGUAUUGGCACGUCAGUGGUAUUUGCCUGUCCUGGUGGAAGGGGAAGACCGUUGCGUGUCUGUCUCUUCCUGGGACGAGCCUUUCGGAUUUUUAGAAAGGAAGAGGGAAAUGCUUUUGAACAAGCGCAGUUACAGUGAAUCAGACCUCAGCAAAAUUUCUCUAAACAAGCUCUGUAAAAAUAACAAGUAUGGAAAAGGGUCAACCGCAUCGAGAGCUGUUGCUAAAGCAAUGGCACAACAGGAAUCCACAGGCAGCAAAAUCCUACAAAGAGCUGCACUAUUACAGGAGGAACUGAACAUCAGCGCUUAUGGAUGGGCCACACUGGCCAUGGAGACAGACCCGAAAGUUCUAAGUGCUCUGAUGUGGAUCUGGUUAGAAAAACUAAAGGAUCCUGUCCUGAGUGCAGACGACAUAAGUAAACUAACAAAUACGCCCGGUCCAAAUCCCCUAAAAAUGCUGCACAAGGUGACUUGAAUAACCUGAAAUCACACUGACCUAGCACUUUUUUUGAAUAAAAAUGUUUAAU